AAAGAUUAUAUCACAAUAUAAUUUAACGGAGAAUGUCUGGUACUAUACCGCCAAAUGCCUAUAAGCCUGGAACUGUGCUCACAGUGGGCUCUCACACAGCCAUAAUAGUGAAAUAUGUAUCAGAAGGUGGAUUUGCACAUGUAUACAAAGUUGAAAUCAGCCCCAAGGAGAAUGAAACAUCAAUUGCGUGUCUUAAAAGAGUUGCUGUUCCUGAUAAGGUUAGUUUAAAUAUAUUGAGGGCAGAAGUUGAUUCAAUGAAAAGAGUUAAAGGCCAUCGCCAUGUCGUUUCAUACAUCGACUCUCAUGCUGCAAGAAUGCCAACUGGGCCUGGGUAUGAAGUCUUUGUGUUGAUGGAGUACUGUGCCAAUAAAGGUUUGAUAGAUUUCAUGAAUACUAGAUUGGAAAAUAGAUUGAGAGAAGAUGAAGUCUUGAGAAUAAUGGGUGAAGUCACUGAAGGUGUUGCAAACAUGCAUGCAUUGGACCCACCUCUCAUCCAUAGAGAUAUAAAGAUUGAAAAUGUUUUAAUUUCAGGUAAUGGUGACUAUAAGCUUUGUGAUUUUGGUUCUGCAUCCCCAGUGUUACGUCCACCAAGAGAUGCUGAUGAGUUUGCAAUCUUACAAAAUGAUGUUUUGAGAAAUACAACUGCUCAAUAUCGAGCACCUGAAAUGAUUGAUUUAUAUCGUGGCUUACCUGUUGAUGAAAAAUCAGAUAUUUGGGCUUUAGGAAUUUUCCUUUACAAGUUGUGUUAUUAUACUACCCCUUUUGAAGAAAAAGGUGAAUUGGCAAUAUUGCAUGCCACUUUUAGCUUUCCAAAAUACCCAGUCUAUUCAGAAAGAUUGAAAAACUUGAUAUCAGUGUUGUUAAGAGAAGAUCCCCGUCGUCGUCCAAAUGCCUAUCAAACUCUUGAAGAAGUUUGUAAAAUGCGUUCUGUCCCAAUGCCAAUUGAUGAUUUCACAAAAAGAAAGAACAUCACAUCUGCAACAUUCAAUCCAAAAGUUCAUCCAACAAAGAUUCCACUCCCUCAACCAAGUUACCAAGCUCAACCCCAAGCUCAUGCUCAACCUCAAAUACUUUCACAGUCAUCAAACACUACAGAUGCUUCAAUUUUGCCAAGAAGUACUGUUUCCUCAACUCAACUUCAACAAUCAAAUAACUUGAGACCAUUGAAACAACUAAACACGGAAAUGGUGAAUGUUUCGUUAAGUCCUGGUAAGAAAGACCCGUUUGCUGAUAUCGAUACCUCAAACUUUCUCAAGUCUAAAAGCACAAGCCCACAACCACCUCCUAAACCUGCGAGACCAACUUCUUCAUCCCAAAUUUAUUCCAAUAACCCAAGUAACUCCAAUUUACAUGCCAAUAAUUUGAGUAAAUCAGUUGGAAAUUUGUCAAUCUAUGAUACCAAAAAAGAAUCGAAACCACCUAUCCCUGCCAAACCAAAAUAUGUUGAUAGUAUAGUUCAGACUGUGGACCAAGAUGAAGUAAAGCUAAAAACUGAAGCACGUUUGAAAAAUCAAUCAAGACCACUAGCUCCAAAGAAACGACCACAAAGCAUGUAUGUGUUGCCGUCACAAGCUAAAUCAUUUGAAAAGUCACCAGCAGAGAAGAAUGGCGAAACAAAUGAACUGAAACGAAUCAUUACUGGAUUAUCUAGUCAAUCUAAUACUGUUGAAUUAUCUCCUGGUGGAAAUCAUAUCAAUAGUAAUGUUGAUUUUUUGAAAAAUUUGGAAAGACAAGAUUCAGGUAAGGUUUGGUCCAAACAACAUACUGGUGAAAGUGUUAAUUCUUUACGUCGUAUCAGUACGGGAAGCAAAAAGGUCGGUGCUCUGAUUGGUCACUUCACGGGAAAACUGAGCCGUUCACAUAGUCGUUCGCAAAGUCGUUCACAAAGCCGCACAAGUUCAAGAGCAUCUUCUAUCCAUGAAGCUUCUGGUGUUUAUUCAACGCAUACUGGUAAUUCCACAAAAUUUAGAUCAUCAUCAGAGAGUAUUGAAGAGGAAAUCAUAAUCCCCGAAGAGAAUAGAAAGACACUGAACCGUUCAAGUUCUAUUCAGAGAAGAGUUCAAGCAUUAUUGAAUAGAAACAAUGAUCCCCCAGUUGUUAAAACUGCCAAAGGUUAUGGUAAUGAUGAAGAUAAUAAAGCGGAUGUUGAUGCCGAUGGGUUUAAGAAACCUUCUGUUAUCAAAAGAAAACCACCUGUUCCAACAAAAAAGAUUAUACCUUCAACACCUCCACUGUCGGCCCAAUCCACCCCAAGUACUAUCACAAGAACUCCUAAACCAUUAAAGGAGACUGAAAUUUAUUCACCCUCUACUCUGAAGAAAUCAGCGCCACCUAUCAAACCUAAAAAACCAUUACACUUGAAAACUCUGGCAGUUAAUAGUGAAGGCGAUGAUGAUAAAAGUAGAUUAGAUGUGACACUUAAAGUUCAUUCAAAAAAGAAUAGUAUUUCAAGUGAGAUUUCAUUGCCAGAUAUUGAUGAUCUGGAAAAAGAUUUCAAUGAAAGAUAUCCAAGUGCUGUUUAG